GAGUCGCCCUUCUCUCCCAGCUCGAGCCGCAGCCAGCGCGAUAGACCACCCAAUAUACAAAUAGCCAGGAACCCGGCAAUUCACUCGCCAUGCCCGUUCCCUUCGAGACCUUGAUUCCCUAUGGGAUCAUCCUUGCCAUGUUUGGGGUCACAGGAGCCGGAUUGUCGAAGAUCAAGAACAUGCAGAAUGGCGGAAAGCGGCCAAGACGGUCGCUAGAUCAGUGGGAUAGGGUGAUGAUGGACCGCGACCGGAGGCUUACCGGCUUCCUGCGAGGCCAAACAGACACGCCCAGGGCACCGUCGGGCUACGAGCUGAAUAAUCCGUGGAGGUUGGAAAAACGAAUGUCAUAAACCACGACGCGAUACGCCGAGUGCUCAUGUAUAUAUUAAAGGGAACACCGAGGACUGCCGCGGAAGGCAUGGACUGGUACCUGACAUGUACUGUUCUGCUGUUCCUGCGGGUAACGCGGAAUUCAAAACGAUUAGAUUCAUAUCUGUAUCUGUGGCCUAUUCUUGUUGAGACCGUCUAACAGCAUGCAUGCCUGACAUAAUGCCUGGCUGGAUAUGUAACCGCACCGCUCACAGUUUCCAAGAACCUGCUUUUUCACGACCUUUGCGUUACCGGUGCCAUUCCUGAUUGGUAACGUUCGAGGCCCCCCGCUGCUUUUCUGCUUUCUCUGCGAC